UCGAAACGUUGCGUGUUUUUGUCCGGAUGUGUCAGUGAGUUGAGCAGAAAGAUGUCAGGCGAACCGACCGAACGGGAUCUCCUUGAAGCCGUGAAAGAGUCCUUGAACCAGGUGGGAUCUUUGGGACACUUCAAGGCCGAACUGAGGGCCGCCGUCAUGUCGAUUCUCAACAAGAACACCAACCACAAGGUUCCGAGCAGCAUACCCGAAGAGACGAAAGUCAUCAACGAAUUGAUACGCGAAUACCUCGGAUGGAACGGAUACAUUUACACCGAGCAGAUCUUAGUUGCUGAAUCUGGAGAUAAUGGAGCUAAAGUCAUAAGGGAGAAUCUUGCAACGAAACUGGGCGUCCUCGAUGAUAAUAAGACCCAGAAGAUUCCGCUACUUUACUACGUCCUCUCCGCGUUCAAAAAUCAAGAAUCUUGAAACAUCGUGAACUUCUUUUUUAAGGCUUUUCCCUCCCUCAAUCACAUUUA